AUGCGGGGGAAGAUCGAGUGUGAGGCUUCAAGAUUGUCCCCAUUACGAGCAAGAGCUUUAAAUAAGUUGCUGUCGCAGCCUACCCAAGGAAUCGUGCAUGUUAAAUGUGAUUGGAAUCAGAGUGCCAGCCAGUUGGCCAGCACAGCUUUGCGUCAAAAGGGCGGGAUGAAGUCGAUACCGGAAGAAGAAUGGCCAAAUUUGGAAGCGAUUAAUCGUUUGCCAGAGUUACUAGUUCUCAAGUACCAGAUUCCAUCGGCCAAGGUGAUUGCGGUUGCUCGAUCUCGACCUCCCAUAAAGAUAUCAGAGGAAUCCUGCAAGAGGGUGUGA